AUGGCACAAGCCGCUUUCUCCGUUGGUUUCAGUCUUCUCGCUCGCCUCAAGCGACGAUGUGCUCCACCAGACCCAUCCACUGCACCUCGAGUCAUCCGUCGCUAUGCGAAAUUCACUGUCUCACUUCGUAUUCUGAAUGGUCGCGCUCGCAGCAGACGCCAGAUUAGAGGCCAAAAUGCAAGCAGCAUCCCCAUGCUGAGACUGUGGAACCUUCCAACUGACCUCCAACUCGAGAUCAUGGACCACCUCAACAAGCCGUCCCGAAUUGCCCUAGGCCUCACCAGCAAAUAA